GCACGCACAGCGAAAAACGGUCGAGAAUUGCAAUAGUGGCACGGAAUUUCCGUUUUUCCACCAUUUUCCAGGUAGUUUUCGCCAAACCGUGCUGCUGUCUUUGCUGUGUACUGUCCUUUUUUGUGCGAACCGUGUGUUUGGUGUUUUAUUUUACGUUUCCGCGAUCGUUUGAAGCGCGUCCUUUCUGUGGCUGUGUUGUGAGCGGUAAUUUGGGGACGGACCAUUUUCCAACUCGUGCAUCGGCGUCUCUGGGCAUCAAAAGAGAAACGAAUUCAACGAAACCAUGGAUGAGCUGAUGGAAAUGUUUAGCUCCUUCAUUGGAGAAGCGCUGCAAUCGGAGCGAAACAUGGAGGAAGAGUUCAAGGAGCUCGAAAGAAAGGUCAACCAGUGCGUAAAGCAGGCAACUGAGCGGGGUACGCCGGUGCAAAACAAAAAGCGCCCGAAACGGCAUGCUUCAAUCUCGGAGAAGGAUGAAAGCGAAAUCAAGGACGACGACAGUACGGUGCUUGAUCACGAACGUACCGCCUCCAGCCGUGGCUCAGCCAACAGAAUGCUGGAUGUGGCGCCGAGCGAUGAACCGAUGGUGGCCGAGGAGGUGAUGCCCGAGGCGACGGUUGCCUCGAUGCCACCGCCGCCAGCACCGGUAGUGGCAGCCGUUGAAAAGGCUGCGCGGCCGUCUCGAACUGCUCGGCUAAAGGCGCAGGAAAAGCUUAAGGAACCGAGCCUUGUAGAAAAAAUGCGCAACCCAAAUGCGAGCAUCAAGGUAAAAGUGGAACGCUCAUCGACCGUUGCUAAUAGCAACAGUGGUGGCAGUUCAUCGAAUGAUAAGUCUCUAGUGGAUAAAAAUCUGCACAAAACCACCACCCCCACCACCAGUUACGAUGAGAUGGAAGUGGAAAAUGAUGCCAAUCGUAUGAACCGCAUGGACAACGUGGUUCCACCGAUCGAUGAGACCGCUACAAACAAAGAGGGAAACCCCAAAAAUGCGUCCGACGAUCAUCGUGAUUCUGCGGGAGAGGAGCGAUUGGGCAAAGCCUCUCUGAUGGUCAUACAGCCGAUGGUUCCGAAGGUGGAGAUUGUGUCCGAUGAAGAAAUGCCACCACCGAAGAUGCCUGCACCGAAACCAGCCGCACCACGCACCGGCCGAGGACGUGGUCGACCUCCGAAAGUCUCGAAAUCCAAGAGUACCAUCCAGCCGGACAGUGACACAAUGGAGCCGGUUCGCAUUAAAACGGAAAAACUCUCGAUAGUUGAAUCGGCAGAGAGCACGUUCACAAUAACCACCGACCCGCCAUUACGGUCGCUGAAUGUGGUAUUAGAGAAAAUGGCCAUUCCUAAGGGAACUCCACCGCCAGCCUCAACAACAGUAACGACGUCACCUGGCAUGGAAAUGCCGGAUCCAAAUGGAACAUAUUUGUUGGAAACGGCCUGUCCAAAGGGGACACCACCGUCGGCCACAACAACAACGUCGCCUGGCAUGGGAUUACCGAAUGCGAAUGGAACUUACUUGGUGGACACGACCUUUUCAAAGGGAACACCACCGGCGUCCACAGCAGAUCCGAAUGGAACGUUCGCCAUUACCACUUCCUCUUCUGGCAACAAUCGUGGGCUGCCCUCGGUACAGGAUGGAACGUUCGUGAUAGAGAAGAAUGACUCUUCCAGCGAGCCAAAUGCCGCCGAAAGGAAGAAUCUGGUGAAUGCCAGUAUUAUGACCGAGGAUGAUUCGGUGGUAGAGAACUCGCCACAGCAACAACCUCCACCGGCACUGCCCGUUGUACUGCCCACAGUAAAACCUUCAUUUUCAAAGGCAACGACCGAAGGUAAAUCAAAGAAGGCUUCCACGACUGGAACUUUAAAAAAAUCAUCCAGCAGCAACGCCCUCGGGUCGGCUCGCAGCAACGCCACGGCAGCACUGGCCGAUAAUGGCAAGAAGCACAAGGAACUGUUUAAUCCGUGCGUGCAAAGCCCCAUAAAGAGCCGCAUCGAGGCGUUCGAAAAGUGUGCCUUCGGUAGCACCACAGCGACGAAGGCAGCGAGUGGCACACCACUCGUAGGUCGUAUAAUGAAAACCGCCAGCACGCCUACUUUAACUCCGCACGCCACUGCAUUGGAUGCGGCUGGAUACGGGCUGGCCGGAGUUCGGUCCGCAAACGCUGCUCGCCCGAUGGCAGGAAGCACGGUGACCACUCCGAACAUAACCAUGCAGCCAAUUACAAAGGCUUCCUCGGCCUCCAAGAUAUCGCAGAUGCGAAGCAAAAUGCUUCACCAGCACAACGCACACUCCGGGGCCGCGCACGCCGGUUCCGGUGCCAGAGGACCCUUGAGUUUGUCGCGUGAGCCAAGCUGGGACCGUGCUGCUGCUGGAACGCCUUCCACGAGUGGUACGCUUUCGGCGGCAUCAUCCACGUCUUCGCUGCUCGAUGAAAAGAAGAAGAAACGCGAAGAGAAGCAGCGAAUAGCGGCGGAGCAGCGUGAGGCGAAGGAACGCGAGAAGCGCGAACACAUGGAGCGGCUGCGGCGGGAAAAGGAGGAAAAGUAUCAAAAAUUACUUCAGGAAAAACAGGAAAAGAUACGCCUCGAUGCAGUCAAGAAGGCCCGGAAGCUGGAGGAAUUCGAAAAGCGCCGUCAACAGGAGGAACAGCGUGCCCUGGCCGAUCAGAAGCGGGAUGAGCUGGCGAAGCAACUCGAACAGCAACGAAUCGAUCGCGAACUACUGGAAGCACUGAAGCAGAACCAGAUGAUGAAGGAAAAUACUGAAAUCAAGCUACAGAAGCAGAUGCACCAGCAGAAGCUGCGUCAACAGCAGCAGCAAGCAGCGGCUGCUGCCGCAGCUGCGAAGAAGAAAGCGGCAGCUGGUGGACGCCGUGUCCAGCAAUUCACGUUCGACAUGAUCGAAACGGAUGAUUCGACGGACGAGGAUGAACCGGCGGAUGCGUCCAAGAAGAACAAACGUCCACCGCUUCCCGAGUGGUGUAAAAACGUGGAGGAAUAUCGUAAAGCACUGCUGAUCCAGUCCAGGGUGGACACGAAGGUGAUCGACCGGUUGUUCUCCGUGCAACCGACAACGCCCGAUUUGCGCGAACUGUUCCCCUCGAUCGAUGCCCACAAGCUAAAGCGGAACUCGAGUGCCAUCUGGAGGACGCCACCACGCGGAUCCCAGAUUCCAUAAUCCGCUCGAUUCCAUUACAUUACAUUAUGCUCUAUCCCUGUCGCUGUGUCAAGCGCAGCUUAAUCUUAUUCCCCGGUAUUCGCUGUUCUCGAUAUGUUUUAAAUAAUAACGUAGAGUUUACUUUUAACGUGUAAUUGAUAGUUUAGCGUUCGCUGCGUUCAUUUGUAGAUAGUAAGAAAUAAAAUUUUUGUUUAAUAUACUA